AUGUCUUCUCGCUCCACAACUAUUCCCCAUCGAUCUUCAGUCUCGUCGACCACUUCGUCGCAGCCUCCUCAGACAUCCCACUCUCAAUCAAGAACCCAGCAGCCUCAAAGACUCACUGCCCAACAACUCGCCGAACGUGUCAUCUCUCCCGCCUCGAUCCUCUUUCCACACGGUUCGACCCCGCCUCCCGGAAGAGACCGUCUGCAAGCCCAACGCAGGUCGCCUUUCCCGAUGGAUCGAAGGCAUCCCAGUUCAUUCCAACAAUUGGAAAAGUUAGGGGAGGGGACAUAUGCCACCGUAUACAAAGGUCGAAACCGACAGACCGGCGAUCUCGUCGCACUCAAAGAGAUUCAUCUCGACUCCGAAGAGGGAACCCCGUCGACGGCGAUCCGAGAGAUCAGUUUGAUGAAAGAGUUGAAACAUGAAAACAUAGUCACACUAUACGAUGUCAUCCAUACAGAGAAUAAACUGAUGUUGGUCUUCGAGUACAUGGAUAAGGACUUGAAAAAGUACAUGGACGCUCGCGGGGACCGGGGCCAACUUGAUCAGGUCACGAUCAAGAGGUUCAUGCAGGAUCUACUGAGGGGAGUUGCGUUCUGUCAUGAGAACCGAGUCCUUCACCGCGAUCUGAAACCUCAGAAUCUUUUAAUCAACACCAGGGGACAACUCAAGUUGGCAGAUUUCGGUCUAGCAAGAGCAUUCGGAAUCCCGGUCAAUACCUUCUCCAACGAAGUUGUCACGCUUUGGUAUCGGGCUCCGGAUGUGCUCCUUGGGUCCCGGACGUACAACACAAGCAUUGAUAUCUGGUCGGCUGGUUGCAUCAUGGCGGAGAUGUACACGGGUCGUCCACUGUUCCCUGGCACAACCAACGAGGAUCAACUACAGAAGAUCUUCCGGUUGAUGGGCACACCGUCCGAACGGACCUGGCCGGGCAUCUCUCAGCUACCCGAGUACAAGGCCAACUUUCCAUCGUACGCCACGCAAUCGUUAGCCAUUCUACUGCCGCAGGUGGACCAGCUGGGCCUCGAUCUGUUGGGCAAGCUGCUGCAGCUCAGACCCGAAAACCGAAUCAACGCACAAGAUGCUCUGAGACACCCAUGGUUCCAAGACCUUCCCGACUACGUGGGACAAGGACGGGUUCAGGUCAGCUCGUCCUUGCACCAACCUGGGCAACUCGGACAUCAAGGCGUGGUGCCUGGAGGGUAUGGUACGCAGCCUGGGUUGGUGGGGCCAGGAGGAUACUGA